ACGGCUAAUAAUUUUUGUGCAAGCUGAUCAGAAAUUCAGAAUUCAGAACAACUCUACCAUGUUCUCAUCUUUCUGCCACAAGUUAAGUUGCAGGUUUGCAGCAGCCAUCAGCAGCAAAGCCAUUAGUUGACCAAUCAAAUACUCUGAAGUCUCAACACAUCGAUCCCUCUCCCUCUCGUCUCCCGAUCUUCCAACCCCCAACCACCGUCGCCCGCCUAGCCGCCCAGGCCCAGAUCUCCACCGCGCUGAUGGCCGCCGCACCCAUGGCGCCCCCGCCCCCCGCGGCCGACGACGAGAUCGUCUACGAGUCGAUGCCCUGCAUCCGCAUCUACAAGAACCGCGUGGAGCGCUACUUCGGCUCCGAGUUCAUCGCCGCCUCCACCGACGCCGCCACCGGGGUCGUCUCCCGCGACCGCACCAUCUCCCCCGAAGUCUCCGCGCGCCUCUACCUGCCCCGCCUCGAUGCCGACGCCCCGGCGGCCAAGCUACCCGUUCUGGUAUACUACCACGGUGGGGGUUUCUGCCUCGGCUCCGCCUUCAACCCCACCUUCCACGCCUACUUCAACAGCUUCGCCGCGCUCGCCAAUGUCGUUGUCGUCUCCGUCGAGUACCGCCUCGCGCCCGAGCACCCCGUCCCCGCCGCAUAUGCCGACUCGUGGGAGGCGCUCGCCUGGGUCGUGUCCCACGCUGCCGGCAGCGCCGGCGACGAGCCGUGGCUCAGCGACCACGCCGACUUCUCCCGCCUCUACCUCGGCGGCGAGAGCGCCGGCGCCAAUCUCGCUCACCACAUGGCGAUGCGGGUGGGCGCGGAGGGGCUGGCCCACGACACCAAGAUCCGCGGCCUCGUCAUGAUCCACCCUUACUUUCUGGGGAGCAACAAGGUCGACUCCGACGACCUGGACCCGGCGACGCGGGAGAGCCUCGGGAGCCUGUGGAGCGUCAUGUGCCCGACUACCACGGGGGAGGAUGACCCGCUCAUCAACCCGUUCGUGGAGGGCGCGCCGGACCUCGAGGCCCUGGCUUGCGGGCGCGUGCUCGUGUGCGUCGCCCUCGGCGACGUGCUCCGCGACCGCGGCCGCAACUACUACGACCGGCUGAGGGCGAGCGGGUGGCGCGGGGAGGCGGAGAUAUGGCAGGUGCCGGGCAAAGGACACACAUUCCACCUCCUCGAGCCGUGCUGUGACGAGGCCGUCGCUCAGGACAAGGUCAUCAGUGAUUUCCUCAACCGUUGACUCGCCGGCAUGGGGGUGCCAUUGUCCGAAGAGCAUGCAAAGUGUAACUUAUCCAUAUACCGGAAAUAACUGCAGCUUCGUCACUGAUGAAUGCUGCUUCUUUACACUACAUUUUGGAUUCAGAAAUCAAAACCGUGUCUGUGUUGUUUACCUUUGGGUGUGGAUGGAAGGGAACUGCCAUUGUUUUAGGUGAGACGUGGGUGUUGUAUCACAAAUUUGGGAGGAUAGUACAGUCAUAGUGUCAUACAGAUGAUAUUAUACUUGUUGGACACAAUAAUUUUUUCUUUCUGUGUAACAUCAGUUCAAAGUUCAGUUGCUCAUUUGAUGGUUCUUAUAGAU